CCUACACUUUCAUUUUUAUUUUUAGUUACAGAAUUACUUUCAACAAAAUUGACUGGACUCGAGGUCUAUUGAGAUUUUGGCCUAAAUUUAAAAGGACUAAAAAUGCCAGCUAUCCUUGACGAGUUCAUUACCCUAACACCACUGACGUGUGUGCAACAGGUCAAUGCUUUGCUGAACGCGGCAUCGUCGAAGCCAAGAGGCUGCAAAGUGUUCUGCACCUUAUUCGGCGUGUACUGCGGAGUACUCGCCUAUCGGGCAUAUAAGGUCCACUCCAAACGCAUUGCAGUUCAAGAUGGACAGGCAGCGAACAUAGCUGUUGAGGCGGUCAACGAAGUGGAGGAAACAGAUUUGAUAUCGGCAUUCAGUGAUAUGAGUGGACGCCUAGCCCCUGAUCCUUCGCCAAUACUCUUACAGCCUGCUGACAUGUCAAACACCGACAUGCUAUGGCGCUAUGGACCUCAGACUACAUCCGAACUUAAACCAGAUUCUGAGAGCUCGGACGAGGAUGAAAGGUCUAUAACUAAAAGCAAUGGAGGGUCUGAGGUCGCCACUGUGUCAGUGGGGACAUCCACAAAGGGGAAACAUGUUCGGAAACACGAGGACAAAAUCGAGGGAGAAUCUACCAAGGCAAACUUUUCGGUCUGACUCAAUGGCUAAGAAUCCUAUCCUUUGGCUUUAAAUAAAGACGUAGAUUCCUUUUUUA